UUUGAUCGUGGGAGCUGGGGCACUUUGAGACGACAUACCAAGGUACAGGAAGGAGAAGUUGGUUUUGGAUUUGGAUAAAGGUUGAGAAGACGCCGAUGACGGUGCACGAGGCGAGAAGCAUGACGAAGAUCCAGAAGUUGAGCUGCAGAGGCGGCCAGUUGUAGGUCCGCACAUGGCUGGUGAUUCGGCUCUCGUCGUACGUCAUGGACGAACCGCCGGCAAAUGAUGAUUUGGCGACCAUGGUGAAUGGAGCGUUGUGCAGGUAUAUGGGUGGUGGAUGGGGAUGAUGGUGAGGUUGUCGUCAGAUCGAAAGCCUGUCGACCAGUCGAGGGGGACGAGGGAGGUGGGAGAUGGUGAUAUAGGUGAUUCGGGACGCGAGAGGUGCAACGGCGUGAUGUUGAGAUUGGGAGUGCCGGAGACUCCAAAAGAACCCGAUGAAGGGAUCUGUUGCUGUCGAAUGGUCCUCGUUCUGUCCUCGUUAAGCGAAAAGCAGUGGAUGGUGAUGACGUCGCGCUCUGCGGAACCAAAACUCUCCGCAACAAAUACAGUGCGUGCUUUAAUAAGUUCGCGCGCACCACAACCCAAAGGCCCAAGGCCACUUGAAAGAAAGGGGCGGAAACGUCUGGUGACGAUGCCCUCGUUUCAAUGCCCAAUCCCGCGAAAUCGGCCACGUCUGCUGCGUCGGGAGGCGCUCAAGCCCAAGCGCCCCGUUCCACGCAGCCCAAACAAACCGCGUGCCCGCCGAUCCGGCUGGGCGGGCGUGCAAAUACGGCGAGGGCAACGGCUCGUGACCGCCUCGCUGUCGCUUUUUCGCAGCGCGAUGAGCCAACCCGGGCGGGAUGCUCUGGGCUUGGGCUGGUAGACUGGGCGGUGAUGCCUCUGGUGCGGCCGCUCUGGCUGCGCUUGGGAUGUCGGUUCGCAGGUGGAGAACGCGGGUUGCUGUCGUGGCGGCGGUCUUGGCAGCGGGCGGCUGAUCGGUUAC